CCUCUUUUUGUCUGAUACAUCAUUAACCAGCAGUCACGGCAUUUGUGCAUUUGUCCAAAAAAAUUCUGGAAAGCUAAUUGUCGCACUAUAAAUGAACCUACGCUCGUGAUGCCACUACACAGUCCUGCUGAGGCUUAACCAACUGUAAAGCACACUUGAACCGUAUAUUGCAGAGAAAACUACAAAUCAGACAGAAUGUUUUCUGUUGCCAUCUUUGCUCUUCUUGUGGCUUCUGCCUUUGCUGCCCCCCAGCCUCAGUUCUACUCCUUCUCCCCAUCGGUGGGCUCAGGAAGCGGCAGCCCAUACUCCAUCAUUGGAGAGGGAAGGAUCACAGCUAUCAGAGUGUGGGAGACCUACAAUAGCAACAUUAGAGGCUUCCAGUUCCGCUACGGCUCCAUCUGGUCCCCCGUUGCUGGCUAUACAUACGGUGAGGCUCAAGAGAUGGAGCUGUUUGACGACGAGGCCAUCAUCCAGAUUUCUGGGAAAUAUGCCCAUUACGUGCAGUGGAUGGUGUUCACCACCAACAAGGGCCGCUCCCUGUGUGUGGGCCAGCCUUAUGGCUACUCUUUCAACAUGUACCCCACCCACAGCGAGGCCGAGCUGCGCUUCAUCAGCGGCCGGGUUCACGGAGCCAUCACAUCCAUUCAAGCCCACUGGGCUGUCGUCGAUACAUCUUCUAACUCGCACUAAUGAAUGAGAAAUCUAACAAUUCUUCCAAAGCAAAUGAAAAUAUGAGAAUCACAGUUUAUUUCACAGAAUCAAGGUGUGUACAGUGUGUGUUGAGAGAACGUAUUUGAACCACACAUUAUUCUUGCCCUCUUGAUUUUUAUGUCUCUUUAUAGAAUAGCCAAGAGAAGAAAAUACCUUCACAAACAAAUCUCAUGUCAGUAUGUCUUUCUUGUGUAACUUUGAUUUGAACCUGUUAUUUUACCUUCACAUAUGUGUACAUGAUGCCGUUGUGCUUAUUUAAAUAUAGAAGUAAAACUUUUAAUAAAAAUU